AUGGUAGACGAUAUUCGAGACGUUGUUGGCAACUAUCACAACAAGAACUCAGAAUGUCCUCCUAAAACGAGGACCAAGAUGUCCGAGGAGCAGGGCAUAUAUCAAUCUGCGCAAACGAUGCAUAUAUUGACAAUCAAAGGUGUCGAAUCUCCACAACGCAGGGUCUCCCAAGCUGAGAAGGAGUUCGACACAUCCGACAUUCCGAAUUCUCGGAAUCGGAAGCCUAGCUAA